CAGAAGCUGUAAAUAUUGAGAUGUCUUUCUUCAGGUUCGGGCUGUUCCAAACCAAAAGUGAAAUACAAAGCAGCACGAACAACCGAAUGAAAUUCAUCAGAAUGAAAUUAUAUUUGUGGAUUGCGUCUUGUCACGGAAUUGUUGAAUGACGGAAGUUGCUGAGGAAAGUUUUGACUUUCUUGUUAUGAUAAUGGUUGAUUAUUUUCUGGGUAAUGAUGAAAAGCGCAAAAAAGUAAGCUUGAAAGACGAUCUUUCGACAAGGCGCAAGGUGGAAAGACUGGAGGCCAUAGGAAGAGAUAUCGGUAGAAGAUGGCUGGAGAAAUUGUCUGAAGGCACUCCGCACUUUUCGACUGAACUUGAUAAGGUCAAGUUCAUAUGUAAGGAGUUUUGGAUAGCUACCUUCCAGAAACAAAUAGAUAAUUUGAAGACGAACAACAAGGGUACUUAUGUUCUUAGUGAUAAACGUUUUCGAAGUCUCUUACACGUAUCAGAGACACCUGACGCUAUCGGACAGCUGGAGGAUUAUAUCAUAUUUCCUUUGGGUAUUAUAAAGGGAGCUUUCGAGAGUUUAGGAAUGAACUGUGAAGUUUAUGGAGAUUGUUCUAGUGCACCGAGUUGCAUUUUCACCGUCAACUUGAAGGAACAAGAGUAGGUUAGCUGAGCCAAAUGAUUCCUCGUAGUUCCUCCUCAAAGCUUCUGAAGCUUACGGGAAUACAAGAGUGAUAAUCCACAAGGAAAUAUAAGGAAUAGCAUGAAC